AUGUCUGCCGCUGAUUUGAGAAACGUUCCUGCUGAGGGUGUCUCCUACUUCACCCCAGCUCAGGUUCCUGCCUCAGGAACUGCUAUGGACCCCCAGCCCAACGGCAAUGCCAUUCCUUCGCUCUUCCAGCCCCUCACCAUCCGUGGUGCCACUUUCCAGAACCGCAUAAUGCUCCCUCCUCUUUGCCAGUACUCCACCAAGGACGGAAAGGUCACUCCCUGGCACAUGGCCCAUCUCGGUGGUAUCUUGUCCCGCGGACCCGGUCUCGUUAUCAUUGAGGCCACUGCUGUCCUCCCUGAGGGCCGUAUCACCCCCGAGGACUGUGGUCUCUGGGAAGACGCCCAGGUUGAGCCCCUCGCAAAGCUCGUUGAGUUCGCCCACUCCCAGAACCAGAAGAUCGCCAUCCAGCUUGCCCACGCUGGACGCAAGGCCUCUUGCCUUGCUCCGUGGUUGAGUUUUGGAGACGUUGCUACUGCUGAGCAGGGCGGUUGGCCAGACAAUGUCAAGGGACCUUCCAACGUUGCCUACAACGAGCGUUACCCCCAGCCCAAGGAGAUGACCCUCGACGACAUUGAGGAGCUCAAGGCCGCAUGGGUUGCUGCCGCCAAGCGUGCCGUCGCUGCCGGAAUUGACGUUAUUGAGAUCCACAAUGCUCACGGGUACCUUCUCCACUCUUUCCUCUCCCCUGUCGCCAACAAGCGUACCGACAAGUACGGAGGAUCUUUCGAGAACCGCACCCGUCUCACCCUCGAGAUUGUCGACCUUGUCCGUGCGGCCAUCCCUGAGACCAUGCCCCUCUUCCUCCGUAUCUCCGCCUCCGACUGCCUCGAGCACAAGGAUGAGCCUUCAUGGACUCUUGAGCAGACUGUGGAGCUGGCCAAGAUCCUUUCCGACCGUGGAAUCGAUCUCAUCGAUAUCUCUUCCUCGGGCCAGUCUCCUGACCAGAAGAUCCAGCCCGGCCCCGGUUACCAGGCCCACUUCGCCCGCGCUGUCAAGGCCGCUCUCAAGGGAAAGCCCACUUUCGUCUCGGCUGUCGGAUCCAUCACCUCCGGAAAGCAGGCUCAGGACUUGCUUGAUGCUGAGUGCGCGGAUGUUAUCAUGUGCGGACGUUACUUCACCAAGAACCCUGGAUUGGUUUGGGCCUGGGCUGAGGAGCUUGACGUCCAGAUCCACGUUGCCAAGCAGAUUGGAUGGGGUUUCGGUGGACGUGCUGGGCUGAAGAAGCCUAAGACUAACGGCACUGUCCCUUAG